AUGUCCUCUUCAACUUCCACAGCAACUGUGGAGCAAACAACACCCGUAGUCACUGGGACAAAUGGAGUACAUACUAAAACGACAACGCUGGAAGCGCUCGCCUCGCAAGUGCAAGAAAAUGCUAGAAUUGUGAGCGACUUCUUGCGCUCUUGUGGACAUGAGGGUCCAUCUUUUGAACGAGAUUCUCCAACUAUGUUACUUCCAUCUUCUGCGCUGCCUGAUAUAAGUGCGGCAAUACAGGCUAUAAUGGGAGCAGCGCUUCAAAUGUUUCAUUUAGCUGCUGGUCCUAGCGAAUACUUGCCAAAUUUAGCCGUUGGAAUCUUCCACCUGGUGCCUCUCGAUUCACCGAUUGCGUAUCCCUCCCUUGCGGCCGCAGCGGGAGUUUCAGUCAAACAGCUCAAAACAGUUACUCGAAUGGCCAUGACCAAUUACCUGUUCUGUGAACCAGAGCCAAACACCGUCGCCCACACAGCAACAUCGGCGCUCAUUGCAUCUGAUGCCAGCUUCCAUGACUGGGCAUCGUUCAUGUGCGAGGCCUCCGUUCCCAUGGCAUCCAAAUUGGUCGAAGCCACUGAAAAAUGGACUGAUAGCGAGGAGAAGAAUCAGACGGCAUAUAAUGUUGCUUUUGACACUGAUCUGCCCUUCUUUGAUCACCUCAAGACCCAGCCUGACAAGACACGGCAAUUUGCUAACUACAUGAAGAAUGUGCAGAAGAGUGGCGGCACGGGGAUGCACUAUCUGAUUGAAGGGUUUGACUGGGCGAGCCUGGGAAAAGGGACCGUUGUUGGCGGCUCCAGUGGAGCUGCGAGUAUUUCCCUGGCCACGAGAUUUCCAGAUCUCAACUUCGUCGUGCAAGAUUUACCGGAGAACGCUGCGGACGGGCAAGAAUUCCUGGCAUCACCAGAACAACAGGAGAAGCUGAGCAGAAGCGUUACUUCACGCAUCUUCUUUAAUGGUCAUGGCUUCUUCCAGCCCCAGCAAUUCCAGGGCGCAGAUGUGUAUCUUCUCCGUAUGAUCCUACACGACUGGCCAAAGAAAGAAGCCGUCAAAAUCUUGCAGAACAUCCUCCCUGCCCUCAAGGAUACAUCACGAAUCAUAAUUAUGGAUACCGUUCUGCCACAGCCAGGCUCGAUCCCGACCGCACAGGAACGUCUGCUCCGGGCCAGAGAUAUGACCAUGUUGGAGGCGUUUAACAGUUUGGAGAGAGAUUUAGAGGACUGGAAACAGUUGCUAGCAUCUGUAGAUGAAAGACUAACUUUAAAGAGUGUAGUUCAGCCCGUGGGAAGCGUCCUGUCGGUUCUUGAGGUUACUUUCGCGCAUCACUGA